AUGAGGCUCAAACCCCACCACAAAAGCAGACCCCAAAGGGUCAGGGCGCUUGUACCGGGUACAUACAUGGGUCCCGCCCUCCUCGCCGCUGGCGUACCGUACAUACGGUAUCAUACAAGGAAAUCUCCCUUUCCCCACAGGGAAAACCAUCACCAACAACGUCAACACUGCAUCAGCAACAUCACGGAAGGGAACAAAAAGUCCGAUGUCCUUUGUCUUUGCCCCGUGGUUGUGGGCAAUGCAAGGCGAUCAUCAGAGCCGCCUCCUGCAAGAAUUAUUCGAACAAAGCGGCAGCCGUUGAAGCCACCCACCUCUAGCCCGUUCUUCAACCUCGUGUUCAUCAUUCCGCCACUCCGUCGACUCCAAAUCCUCCCAGUCUCCUAG